UCCUCAUUUAGAACCAGGCUACACAGCUUACAUAAACGAAAGUACACUAAACUGAAAUUGUGAACCUCUUGACAGACAUUUUAGUGUCCUCUUACUCAGAAAAUUAUAACUUUAAAAAGGAGGAUGAUGUUUUUCUGUGUGACUCUCCUGAUUCUCUUCAGCUUCAUGAAAUUUCAAUCAGAGGGAUUAACAGUGAUUGGUCCAGAAGCUCCUCUUGAUGCUGUAGCUGGGGAAGACCUGGUUCUGCCCUGUUUUAUCAAACCUAACACUAGUGCUGUGCACAUGACAGUGGAGUGGAUUAGAGUUGAGGAUGUGGUCUCAUUAGUGCAUCUCUAUAAGGAUCACGAAGACAGAAAUGAAAAGCAGGCUCAGUCUUACAGAGGAAGAACAUCACUGUUUAAAGAGGAGCUACAGAAAGGCAACGCUUCACUCAAACUCUCAUCUCUCCGAGUCUCUGAUGAAGGAAAAUAUAAAUGUCUCAUUGAGGACAAAUCCUGGUAUGAUGACAUCACUGUUCAUGUCACUGUCAAGGUUCUGGGAAGCCACCCGGUGAUCACGAUGGAGAGUUAUGAUCACUCAGGAGGGAUUAAUCUAGUGUGUGAGUCCAGAGGCUGUAAACCUGAACCUGAGGUUCUGUGGAUGAACAGAGAAGGAGACACUCUGCCUGCUGGAGAUACAAAGAUACACAGAGACACUGAGGGCUUCAGUGUGAAAGACCGCAUCACUGUUUCUGAUUAUAGCGAAUCCAACAUGUUUUACUGCAGACUUCUACAUCAUCAUCACAUGAUGGAGGCAGAGGUUAUCAUUAAUAGUAAACUCUUUGAUGCUUGGAAGUGGGUUGUGGGCAUUUCAGUUUUAGCAUAUCUUAUUGCUGUUGGAUGGAUAGUAACUGCAGUUAUCUGUUACAAGAAAGCCUCAGAGCUUCAGAAGGAGAAGGAAUACGCAGAGCUGCAGAGACAGAGAGUGGAAGACGAGUUUAUAAAGAAGAAGAAGUUUACAGUGGAUGUGACUCUGGAUCCUGAUACAGCUCAUCCAAGUCUCAUCCUGUCUGCUGAUGGAAAACAAGUGACAGAUGGAGACACAGAACAGAAUCUCCCUGAUACACCACAGAGGUUCGAUGAAUGUGUCUGUGUUCUGGGAAAGCAGAGUUUCUCCUCAGGGAGAUUUUAUUAUGAGGUGCAGGUCAGAGGGAAAACUGACUGGACAUUAGGAGUUGUGAGAGAGAACAUUAACAGGAAGGGGGAGAUUACAGCAACUCCUCAGAAUGGAUUAUGGACUGUGUGGCUGAGGAAUGAGAAUCAGUAUAAGGCUCUUGCUGGUCCCCCUGUCCCCCUCACACUGAGAGAGAAGGUGGAGAAGGUGGGGGUGUUUGUGGAUUAUGAGGAGGGUCUGGUCUCCUUUUAUGAUGUGAAGUCCAGCUCUCAUAUCUACUCUUUCACUGGUCAGUCUUUCACUGAGAAACUCUAUCCAUUCUUCAGUCCUUGUGUAAAUGAAGGAGGUAAAAAUUCAGGACCACUGAUCAUCUCUCCUGUAAUUAACACUGAAUGAAUUUUCACCUCACAGAUUCAAUCAUCUAUUAAAUGGUGAGAAUUAAAAGUUGAUAUUUUACUUUUUCUGGUAAAUUAAAAAAAUAUAUAUUCCCUUUUAAAUUGCUGUACAGUUUAUUUAAAUACCUGUUUUUUGUUUGUUUUUGUUUUUUUUUUGCAUAAACAAAUCAUUUUAAUUCUUAUGUUUUUUGUACACAGUGUGGGUGGGUUACACCAAUAAGGUUUAAGCAUAAUCUGGAUUAAAUCAAGCUUUAUCUAAUAAUUCUGUUGCAACCAACUUUAAACCUUGUUUAAAAGUAAGUAGGUUUACAUUUAAACCAUCACUUUAAUCCUGGAUUUAAUUUUACAAUAAAACAAGGAUUAACUAUAAUCUUGUUGCUCCAUCACUUUAAACUCAGAUUUAAAUUUCAGUUAGGGAUUAAAUUUAAACUUGCUGUUGAGGAGGUUUAAAUUGUCAAAAUGGCAGCACUUAUUUGUGGAUUGGAGAAAAUGACAGAGUUCCUCACAGAAAAAUAAGGCACCGUCUCAACCCUGUUGAGUUUUAUGAUGGUGCUGAAUUUUCAAACAAGUACCCAUUCAGCAAGGAAACGUGUGAUUAGAUUAAACCAAACAAUUGAACCUGCAAUUAGACAUGGAAGUGACCAAAAUGCAGCCAGAGCUGCUCCAUCUCUGAUGCUUUUACAUGGACAGCAGUAAUCUAAUUAUUGACUUUACUCUGAUUAAGAUAAUAUUGUGAUUAAGGUGUUUACAUGAGUCGCUUUUAGAAUACUCCUGUCAUGUUCCCGUUUUACAUGUUAUAGAACAUAAUUAGAUUAACAGCCCGCGUCAUUACGUCACCGCGCCACGCCGUCCGACGUCCCUAGAGAAUCUCACGUAUCAACAUACAGUUCGUCUUCGUUAUGGUACCGUAUACAGUUUGGGGGGGUUUUUUGUUUGUUUUUUUGUUUUUUUUACGAACGCUUUAAGUGCAGUUAAUUAUUUGUCCCUUCUCUCAUGUGCUGCAUCUUUUUUCACUUUCACUUUGAGAUUUUAUCAGCAGGCUUUCAGAUUAUUAACAUCUCGCUUGUCUUUAAUCAGUGGCUAGCUGGACCCAGGCGUCUAAUUUCUUUUUAAUUGUGAAGCUAUGUCCUUUUGUCUUCAAUUUUGUUCCAUAUUGCUCCAUUAAUUGAUAUGAUAAAAAAAAUUUCACGGCUUGUAAAAUUUGAGUUUCUAAUGCAACGCGCCAUUUUCUCGGCCUGUUUCAGUUAUUUGAAUGAGCGGUUAAUAACGGCAGUUGAAUUUUAUUUUAAAGUUUCAAGUACCUUUACUUUUACGAGUACAUUGUAGUCACUCAAGUGGUAGUGAAAGAGUUACAGUGUUGCUGUUUAUUUACACUGGAGAAUUGGCUCAUGAAAUCCACAUGCGCUGACACAAUGUUGUCAAUGGCGAAUCCAUUGUGGUGGAGAAAAUUACUCAUAAAUGGAGAUUUUAAUUCUAAUACCCAAUUUGUUAAUCAGUUUUUAAAAUUAAAUGGUGCAACACAAAAUACAAUUUAAAAUAAAUCCCAGAUCAACAAAUCCUAGAUUAGCACUGAACUGUGCUUAAUUUAAUUCUAAAUGGUGCAACCCACCCUAUGAUUGUGGAACUUUAUUCAUAUUUGAUUUGUAAUGAUGACAAAGAUCAUUUACAGUUCACAUGGAGUUUUACUGCAGAAUUUAAUAUGAUCAAUAAAAUGUAUGAAGUUCAGCUAAUGUCUGUAUAGAUACAACCGAACAGACUAAGUGACAAUUUAAAAGUAUAAAGAAAAAAUAAUCAAUAAAAUACAGUGGUUUUAAGCUCUAGUGCAGACUGAAACAGGAUGGCAGAAUAGAAGGGGUGUGUGUGUGUGUUCAACUAGUUUGACUGGUUUCCCUACCUCUGGACAAAGUAAAAGGAAUGCGGAUUUAAACCUUGAAGGUACCGAGAAAGGACUUUAAUACUUUAUGUUAAAUAUGUUGCAGCAUGUUGUAUGAUACACAAGUGAAUUUCAUGAGAAGAGCUUUAUAUGGCAUUUAGUUUGUGAAAUGUACUGUAACAAUUACAGAACAGGGAUGAUGUUCCUGUGUAUGUCUCUACUGCUUCUCUUCAGCUUUAUGGAAUCUCAAGCAGGUAGAAAUCCACCUUUUGUGUUUGUGUGUGUUUGUGUGUAUAUGCAUGCACUCUUGCUCCAUGUACAUAUUUUUUUAUUAAUGUUCACCUUUAUUAGUCUUCAUGUAUUUCAUGUUUUCUACAAAACAAUCAAUUUGUGUAAAUAAAUCUUUACAUAUUCUA